CGAAUCUCGUGCUGUCACAGCAGACUGUACUCAGCACUACAAUGACAUAAAGCGGGGGAGCCUGCGAUGGACAUGAGCACUUCAGCGGAUGGACAGAUGAAUGCUGCUGUUGACUGGAAACAGCAGUAAAAUGCUGCCUUGGAAGAAGAAUAAGUUCGACCUGAUUGAGGAAGACAAGCAGUCCAAGCAGAAGGGCUAUGCGGUGAGUCUCAACUACUCGGCGCUCACCUCCUUCGCCAAGUCCUGCCCCGAGAGCGCACUCAACAGGGUGGGCAGCAUGUUCAAGUCAAAGAGGAAAAAGCUGAAGAUCACCAGCGAAGAUCCCACGUACACGGUGCUUUACCUGGGGAACGCUACGACGAUCCAGUCCAAAGGAGACGGCUGCACGGACGUAGCGGUGAGCAAGAUCUGGGGCAAAAGCGAGAUGGGCAAGAACGGCACCAAGAUGAGGCUGACCAUCAGCUCCCAGGGCAUCCGCAUGGUGCAUGUGGAUGACAAGGCCAGGAGACCGGGACACUUGUACUUGCUGCACCGGAUAACCUACUGCGUCGCGGACCCACGGCUACCCAAGAUUUUCGCUUGGAUUUACAGGCACGAGAUGAAGCACAAGGCCGUAAUGCUGCGCUGCCACGCAGUGCUGGUGUCCAAGCCGGAGAAGGCAAAGGCCAUGGCGCUGCUGCUGUACCAGACCUCGGCAACAGCCCUGGCUGAGUUUAAAAGACUAAAACGGAGGGACGAUGCCAGGCACCAGCAGCAGCAGCUCAUAGGGGAACAAACCAUCCCCUUGGUGCCUCUCAGGAAGCUGCUGAACGGACAGUGCUACUACAAACCCCCGGUGGAGCGCAGCCGGAGUGCACCAAAACUGGGCUCUAUCACGGAGGACUUGGUGGGGGAGGAAGAGGAGGAGAAAGCAAUGCACUUUGAGUGUGAGGACAUUCUGGACACGGACCAUGAUUGUGUUGCCAAUGGCAAACAAGAGUUGACUCAAAUUAUUAAUGACUUGGGAGAGAUGAGCAUAGGAAACGACGUGCAGACACUGAAAGCUGACCUCAGAGUCACCAGACUCCUCUCUGGUGAGAGCACAGGGAGCGAAUCCUCCAUAGAAAGCAACCAGGAGCCGCCACCACUAAUCAAUGGCUUUGAUGAGGUAAAGGUGCAAGAAACUGCCUAAAAAACUUUGGGCAUUUCUGGGCACUUGUAGCGCACGGUUCUGUUGAGCCACGAUGUCUCCUUGAGAAACAGUUACAAAGUGCUUGUUUGACAUGUGCCACUGAGACUAAUAAUUGAGAGGACAUAAACGUAAUGUGGGGACAAAGCAGACAGACAGUCAGGCUACUGAACUAAGUUAAAAGAUUGCGUAAACACAGAAACAAAGAAAAAAAGGCAUACCCAUUUGAGAGACAACUUUAAUGACAAAUUCCCAGCGCGCCUUAGGGCGCACGGCACUAAUUCCAUCUCUUUUGUUUAAGAGGAUUUGUUGUAGCAUCGA